AGAAGAAGUUGUUUCCCUGCGGAAUCAUUUAAGCGUUGCACCGUCAGAUCAGCUAGCAUUCAAAUGGCCAAUUUAGCUGUUUAAAGAUCAAAUUGUAAUGCCAUAUCUUUUUAUGAUUCGUAAUUAAGAGGCGCUGUCUUCACCGCAAACUCUGCCUGACAGGACAUGGAGAACCAGCAGGAGUCCAAAGGAAGCCCAGAGCGGUCCGAGCUGGUGUCUGAGGACGGGAAGAACCUGAAGGCUGUUCUGUGUCAGCGCUGCGGCUCCAAGGUGCUCUGUCCUGGGAUGGCUGUGUUCACACACAACCAGCUGUUCCUGCCGUCCAUGCGGAAGAAGAGCGGCCUCAGCAACGCGGACGGCUCGGAGGACGGCGACACUCUGACCGCCCACUGGUUAGUGGACGACAUGUUUGGCUUUGAGAACGUGGGCUUCACAAAAGACGUGGGACGAAUCAAGUACCUCAUCUGCGCCGAUUGUGAGAUCGGACCGAUUGGGUGGCACUGUUUGGACGACAAGAAAAAAUACUACGUAGCGCUGGACAGAGUGAAUCAUGAGUGAUGUUUGGCGCAAACCUGAAGGACUUCCCAAAUGUUUCAGCCUGCUGUGUUUGCUUUUAUGGAUUUGUCUCUUUUUUUCUUUUUUCUUUUUUCCAUGAAUCGACUGAAUCAAUCCAUCAUAAACACACUUUAAGAAACGGCUGUAUCAAACCUGUUUGUAGUGAGACCUCCAUCGCUCUGACAUCCCAAUAAUCCACCCGUUCUGGGAUUUAAUUUCCUUUAACAGAAGCUGUUUCCUGGAUAAAGUCGUCAUCUGUGGACUGUCUGCUUGAAACAGAUCAGCCUUCCAAGUUUUUCUUUUUCAUUUCAUUCCAUCUGCAGACAGUUGAACUAACCCCCCUUUGAAUAACGACACAUUUCUUUCACUGCAGUCAAAGCAGCUCAUCGUUUGGAGGAUUUCUCUACCAGCUUUAAAGUUUCUCCAGUCUUUAAAAAAACCUGCCAUUCUGAUUCUAACCGAUGCUGAAUUUGUGGGUUUUUUCUGUACGUUUUUCAUCGUGAAACACCUUCAAUCUCAUCUUAAAAUCAGUUCACUGUACAUAAGAAGUUCUCCAGUAACUGCUCUGAAAUAGAAAUGUGAAGUUUAGAGGGCAGACUGAGGCUGAACUCUCAGACCUUUACGGAGGAAGAGGGAGUCGGAUUUUUAGCAGAUCGCUGAUCUUCCAGGAUUUAGGAGAUUCCGACGGAUAUCUAAGCUCUCCUUUUUGACAAGAAGCUUUGCCAGCUCUGAUCCACAUGGUGACAACCUUUAUUUUUCCACUAAGUGAGGGCAGUAAUGGCCUAGUGGUUAGAGCAGUGCAUUUGUGAGAGGGUUGCAAGUACCUGGUUUGCUCCGCGCAGAGCAAGGGGGUAACUUUGUGAUGAAAGUUGGUGGGG